AUUAAUAUCAUUGAUUAAGAAAAAAUCAUCAUCAUCAUGGAUAGUCCCAUGACUGAAGAAAAAGGACACAAGUUUAGAAUUCGAGUACGACCUACUCGAUGGAAUUAUAUUGGUCUUAUAUUAUCUCUUGCUGGCUUUAUACUGGUUUCACUUUGUCUGGUGGGUGGAAUUAGUAGUAAUGGUCAUAGUAUUCAUUUUGUCAAGAUCCAAGGAAAUAAUGUCACUGCUACUUUUGGGCUUUUGGGCUUUUGUAUUGAACAAAAUCAUGAAUUGAAUUGUCAACGUGAUGAUGCUGUCAAACUCAUUCCUUUUGCGGUAACGGUACCUACAGUUUUAAACGAUACUUAUCCCAACCUAUUCACCGAUGCUAUCACACCUGAUUCUGGUGUCUAUCCUCAAACUGUUGCUCAACCUAGUCAUGAUCCUCGUAUUCUUGCAGCCAGUAUUUUAUGUUUGAUCUGUGGAGGAGCUGCUAUCCUGAUUGGACUUUGUAAGGUUGUCUUUUACACCCAUUUCCAAGAUGAAAGUUAUACUCGGGGCUUUUGUGCUAUGGCGGCAUCUGUGAUGUCUCUCUUAUUAGUGGCCGAAACGGUAGUCAUGUAUCAAAAUGGUGCUGCUGAGCUGAAUUUGAUAUAUCCUCAUUUACAGGCUACAUUGGGUCCUGGUAUGACUAUGAUUGGUAUUUCACUUCUUGUCUUCUUUUUAUCAAGUGUGGCCUAUCUUCAAGGUUGUUUCUCUUCUAAUGGUACAAGUGAUAAAGGCUAUGAAUUGCUCUGAAAAUAUCCAUUUUAUUGUAUAGUUUGUUUUUUCUUUUUUUUUUUUCCUUUAGUUCCAUUCUCAUUGUUUCUUUUUUUGUUUUUUUGUUUGAUCGACAUUGUUGAUCUACCAUCAAAUCAUCCUUUUUUUUUUUUGGUU